UUUCAAACACCAGUUGACAUCUGGCCAACCCACAUUCGAUUAGAGCCAUGGAUGGACACGGAUGUGCGCGGAUGCUUACAUUGUUAUUGCUUCUUGUUGUUUUUGUGUUCACCAAGAUAGCAGACUGUGCCAACAGCCAGCCAUUCGUGUAUCUUCCCGGGAGGCAUAUUUGUGCGAUGCAAAAGACAGAGAAUAACGGCCAGCCAGCUUAUCGUUCCUAUUGUGCUCCGCAGCUGCAAACGUAUAUGCGAAACUGUGGUGGACAUAUGGGAGACAGGGGUGGCUUCUGCACAGGAUACAGGACGAUAUACAGGACAGUUUACAAAACUGUUUAUCGCAGAGCACGCAGCUCAAAAAUGCACUUCAUGUGUUGCCCUGGAUGGAAAAAGGAGCCAGCCUCUUUUGGAUGUUUAAAACCUGUUUGUGAAGAAGAUUGCCAAAAUGGCGGAACUUGCACAUUGCCGAAUCGAUGUAAAUGCCCCAAGGGCUUUUCUGGCAGAACUUGCUCGGAUGAUACGAACGAGUGCCAGGUAGAAAAUGGAGGAUGCUCUCAAACAUGCAUUAAUUCUGUCGGAUCUUAUAAGUGUGAAUGCAGUGAUGGAUACAAAUUGGCAGAAGAUGGAAAAAAGUGCAUCGCUUGUCUUGAAUGUAGUUCAUCAUGGAAAUACCUCACGUUGAAAAUAGAAGCAAUGGAAAAGGUUGUCGCAGGGCUCUCAUCCCUUAUUCACAAAAAUCGCACCAAUCGAGUUGACACGGCAGAGCUACGCCGAGUAGUCUCCUUGGCUCACGAUGAAUCCUCCCAAGACCUGGAGGUUAAAGAGCUUAGAGGAGCAAAGGGAGAAAAGGGAAAGCCUGGAAUUAAGGGAGAAAAGGGUGCCGUUGGGGAAGUUGGGCAAACUGGUCCCCAAGGACCACCAGGAAAGCCAGGACCGCCAGGGUCUCCAGGAAAGGACGGAUCACGUGGCCCACAAGGAUUUGAUGGAAGACCUGGGGAGCCAGGACUGAAGGGGGAGAAAGGUCCACCAGGAUUAAUUGGCUUGAAAGGUGAAAAGGGUGAUAGCGAAGUGAGUGAGACAGCGGGAUUAUCCAAAGUUGCAAUGAAAACAUUAGUGGAAAGAGUUGCGCUGCUGGAAGCAUCAUUGUUACGCUGUGGAUGCGAGUCUAUGACAGCUGACAGUAUAUUCUUAAAAAGUUUAAAGAACAAAGGAGCUACAAAAACUGUGAAUGUCUCAACCAAAAUAAAUAAGAAUGUGAUGUCAAAGAAAAAACUAAAGGGCGAGCAACAAAUUGUUGAUGAAAUGAAGAGUAUUAAAACUGACGUUCCAGCUAUAAAAGGAACAAUUACUGCGCGUCCAACCAGGAAACUUGGAAAAAUGGUAACCACUAAAAACGUCGAAAUACCUAUGAGCACUGAAAGUAAUACCAUUGACCAUUUUAAAGGACAGAAGGCAGAUUCUAAAGUGGAUAACUAGAUUCUGUUGCAUGGAAAACCACUUAGUUUAGUUGACAUUAAGAUAGUUUGGAAGGCAUAUUUAUUUAGACAGUUUUGUUAACUGCAUUAUGCUUUUUUGAAAGAUACUUUUCAUAAAGAAACAUCUGAAAACUUAGACCUUUUAUGCUCCUACAAUACAAUACUUUCCUAGCAAAGUUGGAGGCCUUCGUUUUGUUUGUUAAUGAUAGCUUAUUUGAGAGACUUGUUUUGAAGAUGUUUUUCUUAUUCUGAAUUUUCAUUUUCCAUUCGAAAUUUUUUGUGGCAUUUUGCUCUUUAAUUAUGCUCUUUGCAUUAUUUCUUUUCAUCGUUUCCAUCCCACAGAUAGAUGCUAUAUAAACUUUCCAAUUGUUAGCUUUCCAAUUUUUACAUAAAUCAUAUGGAAAGUCCUUACGAUUACUUAAGCUAGAGAAACUAUAAGAAAGAAUAAAGUAUUUGUUUUUGAAAUUCCGUAAUAGGUUUUCGUUUUCAAAGCAUACAGCGUUUUAUAUCAUAGUUGUGUAGAAAAAUUUUUCUAAGUAGUUGUAUAACUGAAAAUUAAAAUAUUUUAAUUGCUAGUUUUUAGAGCUAAAUUUGUUUAAAUACAUGAUUUUGAAUGCUGUGUACAAGAGGUGUAACAUUGUGUUAGUUCCACGACUAACGGCUUUGGAACAUUAAAUGCAAUGUUUAAAUGAAGCAUGAACCUAUCGUCUAAUUUACAGAAAUUUUGAACAUUGCUUUAAAUAAAAAGUUAGUCGAGAUUGCCAGUAACCGCUUUUGUUGUUGCAAAAGAAGAUAUGUUUAAAGAUUGGAAAAAAGAAAUUCCAUGCAGUAAAAAUGCAUUUAUUCAGGAAGAAAGCAUUCAGUGCCAUUUGUAUGUUUAGACUCUCGGAAUUAAGACCUUUUGUAUGGCAUUCCAUUUUAUUUCCUAUUGUACGAAUAAAGUUUGACUAGUUCCUGUAUUUGGAAAUUUUUAAGUCGUGUUUGACGUCUUUCUCCAAUUCAUAUAUUUCAUCCUUAAUAUUUAUUUUCCGUUGUGGAUUUUGUAUAUUUCAUUACUUAAAGCUUACGUCACAUACUGUGUCUAUAGACAUCUUUCGUCUGUUAUUUUUUAACAAUUAUAGUUGUUGUUGUUACUCUAAUGCUAUUCUUGUAAUUGUAGGAAUGUUUGCUGCUGAGAGAAUUGUGUUUUGAUCAAA